AGUUCGGAGAGUGACAUUUCUUUAAAUUUAAGUGAUGAUCAAAAACCAUCAAAACAUAGAAAAAGAAUUAAUUCUCUGUCGAAAAUAAAGACAGUAUUUUUGGUUUCUUUGCCUUAAGUAUUAGCAUCGCUUAAAACGUUACCAAAGAUAGUCAUCCAAACGUUAUUUACUUCGUAGAAAUAAAAUGGUUUGUGUACCGUGUUUCAUAAUACCCGUCCUGUUAUUUAUUUGGCAUCGCUUCAUUCAACCCAUUGUUUUGCGUUACUGGAAUCCGUGGGCAGUGAAAGAUGAGCAUGGCAAUGUUGUCGAAAAUAAGAAGCCCGAAUUUCCGUUUCAAUGUGCUGGUGGCCAGUGCCCGUUUCCGAUGAAGAAAAGUUUAGCGACGACCGCCGAGAACAACGAAACCAAUGGGAACAAUGGAGAAUUGAUCCAGGAUAGCACAGAUGGCACCAACAAGAGUGAUGAAUGCAAAAAAGUUGACUAACUAGAGUGAACGAUGGAAGGGAGGGACAUUAUCUAUUUUUAAAAAUAAUAUUUCAUUCCAGAGCAGAACUGUAAAAAUGACCUUCAUUGUGGAAUUUCUUGUAAUGAUUACGCAGCUUUUUAUUUGCGCAACGAAAUAAAUUUAAAUUAUUU